AGCACACAGACACACGCUCACUCUCCCUAAAGGAGGGAGUGAAGCUCAGACACAGAGAGGGGAUUGAGAGAGAGGAGGCUAUCUCUGGGCUGCUCUCCACGGCAGCGUCUGGCUUUCACUAAAAGGUCUGUGACCGUGUUUUUCCUGUGCUUGUUUGCCUAAUUUAUUCCUGCCGGGGCCGGCAAAAAGAAAGAAAGGCGGAAAGGAAAGAAAAAAGGACGGGCAGAAUAAAAAAGAGUGCAACAGUACACCGUGACUCGCUGACAGGGAAUGCAGAGAGGUUCUGGCCUCUGGUUGUUACUGCUGGAUGGACAAGCACUGACAAAACAAGAAAAAAGAAGACAGAGACACCACUUUGGGAAGCUUUCAGAGAGGAGAAGCAACUGUGACUAAGGAGGUUUCUCAAGUCUGCUUUUGUUUUGGCUUGUUGCUUUUUCUCUGACAUUUGAUCCUCUGACACCACUGACUUUGAAAGACUUGGAGGAGCCACAAGAAAACAUAAUUUUCACCACAGAAGACAGAACAGGAGGACUUCUGUGAUGGACAACUGAGAAAUUAUUCUGGGAGUGAAAGAGUGUAUUGUUUUCUUCUGUACUCUCCUUGUUUUAAUAUCAAACGUGGAAUCUACAUACUGGAUAUUUUUGGUUAUCUACAGCAGCACAAAGGUGUUACUGAGACAAAAUACUUGUGUAUAAAAGCUGAAGCGGCCAAGUCUUCUCAGAACUCAGAGGAAAGGAGCAGAUCUAACAGCCCAAACUGUACAGAUUCCUUUUCUUUUGGCUCCAACAUUUCCAAGGCAUAAUACUACCUUAUUUUUCCUCUUCAUCACUAUCACCUCUGCUUUUAUAACAGCCUCGACAAGUCAAGAGUGAGUCUAGACUAGAACUGCCUCAGAUCAGCAGAUAACACCUCAGCACAGCAAGAACUGGUUGGACUAGUUUAUAACUUGGAGGAGAGGGCAGGGCAGUUUAACCCUGCCUGAAGGAGAGCUGUGUUGUAUUUUCCUCCCUCCUGCUUGUCCUUCUGGGAGAAAGUCGUGCGUGAGAGAGGCGCACAGCGUCUUUUUCAUUUCAAGAGCGACUCUGUUUUGUGACUCCUCACUCUGCUUUAGGGAUAGGUGAGGCAGCUUUAUUUUCUGUCAAGGGGGAAGAAAUAGAAAGAAAGUGAGAGGGAGGGAGAAAGAGAGAGGGAGUCUAAGUGUAAUUUAUUGUUUCCUGUGAAAAGAGCAAGGCUGCACCCUUUUCUCCUGCCUGAACUCUGAACCACUCGAUGUGCGUCUGAAGUUUUUCUCAGACCUCGGGAGCCACUGCUCAGAGGUCAGGGCAGAAAACAGAAGGGUGGAAACAAGAACAGAGAGACCAGAGGGAUUAACGAAGUGAGGGAAAACAGCAGUGGAAAGACAUCCAGGUCAGCCUAACCAGACGGCAAAGGGGAGAAAGGUCAACACAGGGGGAGUCCGGACUGAAUUUCUCUCAGCUUUUAGAUAUUUUUGGAUUAAACCUUCCUUGAAUUCAAACCUGUAGCGGCUGUCUUUGAGUCUGGAGUCAGUAUUUUAGACUUUGAGGGUAGCUGGAAGCCGGUGGGACAGGGCGGGUCUGUGUAUGAUCCACUCUCAGGACUGUGUGUCUCAGAGAAUAUGGCCAUGGUGAGCGGGGGAUGGGGGAACCCCAACGGGGACACUAACGGACUUGGAGAGAAGGCUUACCUGAGGAGGGAGGAGGAGGACGGAUCGCCGCAGGCCGGGAGCAGCGAUGUGGACGUUGGGGACGAGGACAAGGCCUGUGUGGUGGACUGUGUGGUGUGUGGGGACAAGUCCAGCGGGAAACAUUACGGCGUGUUCACCUGCGAGGGCUGCAAGAGCUUCUUCAAGAGGAGCAUCAGAAGGAACCUGAGCUACUCCUGCAGAUCAAAUCGAGAAUGCCAAAUCGACCAGCAUCACCGCAACCAGUGCCAAUACUGUCGUCUGAAGAAAUGUUUCCGUGUCGGGAUGCGGAAAGAAGCUGUCCAGCGAGGUCGCAUCCCUCCAUCUCACUCAGGGAUCAGCCCAAACUCUCUGGCAGCAGGAGUUGGAGGUGCAGGUCCAGGACACAUCGGGGCGGACUACUUCAACGGGCAGCCGGUGUCAGAGCUCAUCUCACAGCUCCUCCGGGCCGAGCCGUACCCCAGCAGCCGCUACGGGACCCCGUACAGCCAGGCCCAGAUGCAGGCAUCUGCCAGCGGAGCCUCCGUCAUGGGCAUUGACAGCAUCUGUGAGCUGGCUGCCCGACUCCUCUUCAGCACCAUUGAGUGGGCCAGAAACAUCCCAUAUUUUCCAGAGCUCCCAGUCUCAGAGCAGGUGGCGCUGCUGAGGCUGAGCUGGAGCGAGCUGUUCAUCCUGAAUGCAGCUCAGUCUGCUCUGCCUCUGCACAUGGCUCCUCUGCUGGCAGCGGCCGGCUUCCACUCGUCUCCCAUGUCUGCAGAGCGCGUGGUGUCCUUCAUGGACCAGGUCAGGGUUUUCCAGGACCAGGUGGACAAGCUGAACAGGCUGCAGGUGGACUCUGCUGAGUACAGCUGCCUCAAAGCCAUUGCACUCUUCUCGCCUGAUGCAUGUGGUCUAACAGACCCGGCCCAUGUAGAGUCCCUGCAGGAGAAGGCCCAGGUUGCCCUGACGGAGUAUGAAAGGUUGCAGUACCCCAACCAGCCUCAGCGCUUUGGCCGCUUACUGCUGCGUCUCCCUGCUCUGCGCGCCGUGCCAGCCAACCUCAUCUCCCAGCUCUUCUUCAUGAGGCUGGUGGGCAAGACGCCCAUCGAGACGCUGAUCCGAGACAUGCAGCUAUCAGGGAGCUCCAUCAGCUGGCCCUACGCCCCGGGACAGUAAACCCUGCUGGGCUCCAGAGUGAGACGGACUGAGACCAGACUGGAAGGAAUCAGCGCUCACAAAGAUUUCAUACAAGUGCAAACUGAAUGUUCUCAGUAUAAACUGGGUCCUUUUUUCCCCACGUAAGCUCUGUAAAGUCUGGUUGAUAUAACACCAAAGCUGCUUUCAGGGAAACCCAAUGUAUGAUUGUCUUUAUAAAAAUGUUGCAGCACUUGUUAGUUUGGCUCUUACCUCCAUCAGGUCUCUCUUUGUCUCAUUCUAGGUGAGCGGGGCUUUCAUUAAAAAGCAGACUGACAUUGGGCCUUGUGCCUCUACUACCUCCUCCCAUAUCACCCCUAAUGUGACUCACUUUGAACCCAGGCUCUGUGUGUGUUCUCACUGCUCUGUUGUUUAGUCAGAAUGAAGCCAUAGCAGUGCCACUUUUACUGGAAGAGCUUUAUAUUGUCACAGCUUGGACAUUUUGUGUAGAUCAUACCUAAGGCGUGUAAUGUUUUGUCUGUCAUGACCCCAGGACUGGACUGAAUUUACAGACUUUGUUACCAAACGUAUUUGUGAAGAUUUCAACAUAUUGCAAAACAAGGAAGAGCGCGGUAUGUUCUAUUCUGUGUGAUCAAGACAUAUUUUGUAUUUCAUAUAAUUACGAGAAUAGUUUUAAACUUGGGAGAUAUGUUUAUUUUUUAUUUUUUGCAGGGUUAAAUGGGAAGACUAAACCACUUUCAGGCAUAAUAUAAAGGCAAGUCAGUGGUAUCAAUCUUCUCAUAUGGCUCUCAGCAAGAAAUCGAAAAAGCACAUUUCCCAAAAUGUGGAACUAUUUCUUUACUGUACGAUAAUCUAGAACAUGGCAGAGAUUGCCACCAUGCAGCAAUGAAGCUAAUGUAAUCAAACACAUCCUGGCUCCUUAGACAGUCACAUCCCUGUCUAACAUUAUUACCUCAUGUUUUAUACAUUAAAGACAGAGAUUGUAUAGUUAACUAUUCAUGUGCUAAAGAGAAAUGUAAAGGGAUCAACACCAUUACCACUGAAACCAAACAGAUGUAUUCCUCAACUGUGCGCCAGAUUUAAGCCAAAAUAUAUUUAAAAAUGUAUAGUUUUGUGGAAGAGGAAACCAAAUGCAACAGAAAGCUACACUGAGUAAAGUGUUGUAAUGAAUCUCUGCUAACUAGAUACUGUUUCCUUUGCUUUGGUAAAGGUAGACGUAGUUCAUUUUGAUUUCUUUCUCAUUUUUAACCCCAUUUGCAGAUAUUGUUAUGCAAGGUACUCCAAUAUUGAUGUGCAGAGGUUGAGGUGUUUGUUGGUACUCAGAUAAAAGAGUACUUAGUGGUUCUUGGGCGUUAGUGCCGUGAACUGCAGCUCAGUGUGACAAAUGUUUGUCUUGCCAAAUGAAUCGACUGCCACAAUAAGACUUGGCGGUGAUAAACAUGUUUUUGGGGGCAAAGCGAUAUGAAUUUUUGUAUUAAAUGUUAUAUCAUAAAAAUGGCAAAAAAAAAUGACCAUGAUCCCAGAUGCUGUCAAAAACUUCAUGACUUUGUGUUUUUUGUUGGAUUAUAAACUAUAGUGAUUUGACUGUGUAGCGUUACAUUUAAAAGAAUCAUGUUUCUAUGAUGAAGCCAAAACUAAAAAAAAAAAAAAUGCAAAAGAAGUUUGUAUUGCUGACUCAUUUUUGCAAAAAUUAUACAAAUUCUUCCUGUGGGUGACAUUUUGUUUCAAACACAUUUGAUGUUGGCCACAUAAAAGAAGCCAUCAGCAUGGACUCUGAGAAACUGUGUGAAAGGACUUCUUUCUCUAUUUUUUUGGAAAAAUUUCCAGAUUAAACGAUGAAUCAAAAGAGAGAUCAUUAAUGACAAUACUUAAUUCUAGUCUCAUUAUUGAUACUGAAGGCCACACUGACUAUAAAUACAUUUGCAUUAAACUUGAAAAACAGA